CGGAGACAAAGUAUCCUUGUUCGAAAUGUAUCGCGCGCCCAAAGACACAAAUACAGUCGCUCACUGACCUAGACGCGGUCUUACGAUGAUUUAAGGCACGGAUCUUUCGUAGUAAAAUUGUGUGUUUAUCUUGUGUCUGUGCACUGGUGGAAGUUGAGUGUUGUUCAAAAUGGAGAGCAAAAGUUACACGAUCCAUGGAGUGAAAAUCGAUUUUCCUUGCCAGGCUUAUCCAACUCAGCUAUGCAUGAUGGAUAAGAUAAUGCGAGGUCUAGAGGGGCAGAAGAACUGUUUACUCGAGAGUCCUACCGGCAGCGGGAAAAGUCUUGCAUUGCUUUGCUCCUGUCUCGCUUGGCAAGCGGCCGAGUACGAAAGGAUAGCCAAACUAGAAGAAGAACAAAAUGAAAAACCAGGCCCUAAUGAUUGCUGUGAGGUCACACCCACUCUUUCAAUGGAUUUACCAGAGACAACCAUGGGCCUCACAUCCUCCAGCUCUCCAGAGAUGCAUCAUCCACAGAUGGAAGAAGAUGGGCCAAGUGAGAUUACUAUAGAACCUGCCGCUGAUGAUGAUGAUGACACAGAUGAUGACUUCAAGCCUCCUCUCAAGCGCUUCCGCACCCCUGGACCUAUUCAGCCUGUUUCAAAACUAAGUGAAAGAAAAAGUCAAAGUUCUGGUAAAAAGGAACAAAUGGACUGUGACCCUCCAAAAUGGAACAUGGAAUUGACAAGAAAUGACAGCUCCUCCAGUGAAACAAGCAAAGAGGCAUGCUCUGAUGAUGUUAAGAAAAGCAAGGGGACACAAGCGCAAGAGAAGGUGCCAAAGAUCUUUUAUGGCACUAGAACACAUAAGCAAGUGAGCCAGAUGACAAGAGAGCUCAGCAAGACAGCAUACAAACAUGCCAGAAUGUGUAUCCUCUCCAGCCGAGAGCACUCCUGCAUCCAUCCACGUGUCUCGCAGAACAAGAACAAAAAUGAUGAAUGCAAGAAGCUCAGAGAUAACUCAGAGGGUGAGUCAUGCAGAUAUUAUCACAAGGAAAGUGCAAUUGGGUCUCAGUCUCAAAUAAAGCACUUUGGCCUUGUUCAAGCUUGGGACAUAGAGGAUCUUACAAGGCUUGGAAAAAAGCUAAAGGCUUGCCCAUACUAUGGGGCCAGAGGGCUGAUGAAAGAUGCAGACAUUAUCUUCUGCCCAUACAACUAUCUUAUUGACCCCAAAAUACGAAAACAGAUGGAGAUAGAUUUAAAAGAUCAGAUUGUGAUUCUUGAUGAAGCUCAUAACGUGGAGGACUCCGCCCGAGAUUCAGCCAGCCUGACACUUAGCAUGACAGAGUUACAGGAGACACUGGAUGACCUUGAUAAACUAGUUUCCAUGGGAAUAAUGCCUGAUCAUCACAGACCAUUACACAUUAUGGUUGCCAGUAUUAUGAACUGGGUACAUCAUAAUGAGGAUAACAUGACUGGAAGGGAGUUUGAAAGAGCUUGCAAGAUCCUCUCUGGAAAUGAAAUCAUCAAAGAACUGGAGGGGAUUCAACUGACUGCUGCAACCAUUCAGCUCUACCAGGGACAUUUCCAGACUGCUUCAGACCCACAAAGGACUCAAGAGUUUAAUCUUUCCAUGACAUCACACACAAUCACCGUCCUAGAGGGGCUGUUUCUCAUGUUCCAGUACUUGUUCAGUAAUGGUCAGAAGUAUGUAGGGGAUUACAGGGUCACAAUUUUAAAGACUGCAGAAACUGUGCGGGAUAAUAACUUGCCAGGAGGAUGGAGGAGAUCAGGCGCUAGUUUCCGCAAGGAAUGGACCUACUCUCUGAAUUUUUGGUGCUUCAACCCUGCUGUGGUGUUCUCUGAAGUUGGUGCAACCACCCGUUCCAUCAUCUUGACAUCUGGGACACUGUCUCCCAUGGGUUCAUUCGCCUCUGAGCUUGGUGUGGACUUCCCCAUCAAGCUUGAGGCUAACCAUGUGAUUGCAGACUCACAGGUGUGGGUAGGCACAUUGUCUGUUGGCCCUACUGGAUCUAUUGUUAAUGCCACUUACAAACAUACAGAGACCUUCUCAUUCCAAGAUGAAAUAGGAAGAAUCAUUCAUAGUGUCUGCCAGAAUGUCCCACAUGGUGUUUUGGUGUUCUUUCCUUCAUACAGUAUGAUGGAGAAACUCUGCAAGCGCUGGCAGUCCACGGGUCUGUGGCGGCAGUUGUUGCAGCUCAAGGUGGUGGUCAAAGAGCCUCGCAGUGGUGGAAAAUCAGAAUUUGACAGCACCAUGCAUGAAUUCUAUAAAGCCAUCCGGUUGAGUGAAGGCUCUGAGGAAGUUGAACAAGAUUCUGAUGACUCAGAUAGUGAGGAGAGUGGGAAUGGAGCCCUGUUUUUAGCUGUUUGUCGUGGCAAAGUCAGUGAGGGGCUGGACUUUGCUGAUAAUAAUGCAAGAGCCGUUAUCACAGUUGGAAUUCCUUUCCCAAACACAAAAGAUAUCCAGGUUGACUUGAAGCGCAAGUUCAAUAACCAGCAUGCACGCACAAGAGGUCUUCUUAAUGGCAGUGAAUGGUAUGAAAUCCAGGCCUUUCGUGCACUCAACCAGGCUUUGGGGAGAUGCAUCAGACAUAAGAAGGACUGGGGAGCCAUUUUAUUGGUGGACGAGAGAUUCAGCAAGUCAGAGAGAUAUAGCAACAGUAUAUCCAAAUGGGUUAGGAGACGUAUCAAACACUACAAUCACUUCCCUUCAGCACUGGAUUCACUCAAGACGUUCACAGAAGCUAGGAAACUCGACCCUUUUCCAGACAAAUCUCCCUUAAGCUUAAAACAGCCAUCGACUCCAGCGUCUAGUGGCCUUCACAUGGUGGACAAUACCAGCAUGCCGUCAACACUAACGCCACUUAAACCAGAGCAACAGACACCAUCAGCUAGAGCCAUUUCUCCAAUAGGUUUAGCCAUCAAGUCAGAAGGCUCUCCUUUUGUUGGUACAGAAGCACAAAGCCGACAACAAACCAGCACACCCCUGACAUCUAACAUCACGAGUAAGCUCCAGGGAAAUAUCCCACCUGUAAAUCAGGCCAGUAUGCAUGAAGGGACAGUGCAGCAUAAGUAUUGCAUAAACCAGAUUCAAUCACCCCUUGCCGUCAAUCCAGGUCAGCUAGUAGUACCGAGGGCUGAAGGCAUGGUCCAACAGAUCACACAGGUGGUGCAGAGGGAGCCGGCAGGAGCGACUAUCCGACUCCUGGUGCCUUCAUCCAUGAUACAGAAUGGUCAAACGAUUAUCUUACCCCAGGUAGGAAAUCAAGGAAGACCUGUGAUGUUGACUCCACAGCAUGUUGGAGGUCCAUAUGUCCAGGUAUUACCCGGAAACAAGGCAGGUACUUCUGGUAGCCUACAAGUUGCACACACCAUCUUGAAUAAUGGCCAGAAAAUACCAUUGCUUGCUAACCAGGUAAAACCUGGUGUAAUACCAUUGGUCAAUCAGACAGGACCUUCAGUGGAGACAUCUAACAACCUGCAGGGAGUUAAAGAAGAGCAAGUGGUAGGUACUACAAACCAAAUGGGCACCCGAGCACAGUGCCAUGUAGCAGCUCCAGCUUCUACAGCAGUGAUUACAAAUCCUCUUCAGCAAGUGGGGACAGAGCCUGCAGUAUAUAUGCAGAAAGGUACUGCAGCCCAAAGCAGAAACAGUUUAGUUGGGAGCACGAAUACAGCUAGUAGAUCAGCAUCAAUUACUGGGUCUCAAAGUACAGUUGACAGAUCUGCAUCGACGGCUAGGUCUCAUAUUACAGUUGACAGAUCUGCAUCGACGGAUGGGUCUCAUAUUACAGUUGAUAGAUCUGCAUCGACGGAUGGGUCUCAUAUUACAGUUGAUAGAUCUGCAUCGACGGCUGGGUCUCAUAUUACAGUUGAUAGAUCUGCAUCGACGGCUGGGUCUCAUAUUACAGUUGACAGAUCUGCAUCGACGGCUGCGUCUCAUAUUACAGUUGACAGAUCUGCAUCAACGGCCGGGUCUCAUAUUACAGUUGACAGAUCUGCCUCAAUGGCUGGGUCUUAUAGUACAGCGGGCAGAUCAGAAUCUCAUCUUACACAACAAUCCACGCCAUUAUUUGAGGCUACCCGGUAUGUCCCAAGACAUGAGGCAGAGGAUCCUGAAGACAUUGAAAUGCAAGAUGCUCCGUGCCCUUCGUCACCUUCAUUAUUCUCAGAACCUACCUCUCCACUGUGUGACGAUGACACUGAAGUUGGUGUAAAGAAAGAGAACCAGAAAACAGUAGUGAAGAGAAAUAAAACAUUUGGUGGUUCAACAACACGAAGUAUUUUCCGUAAGACAACACCCACACCAUCUGAACAUGAAAACCAAACAGAGAAAAGUGAAGUCGCCAAGAAUCUCCACCAAGGAGAGACAAAUAGUGUGAUGAAGCCUAACCUGAGGAGAGCUACACGAAACACAAGGACAGCAGCCAAAAGAAGAGCAUUGGAUGCGACAGAAGAGGGAGAUGUGAGUGAGGCGGGGGAGUCUACAUUGUACUGUUCGUAUUGUGGGUCACUUCUUUUAAAAGGUAAAAUUGAUAAGCAAACCAUUAAUCAGAAGGAAAUCACAAGCUUGUGUGCUGAGCGGGCACCAGCCUGGAAAAAACGAAAUGGAAGCAGGAAGAGACGUCGGGAUUCGGGCGGUCAUCGGGAGAUGUAUAUUGUCUCGGAUGCUGAUCAGAUCACUUUGCGCGCACUUUUACCUGGUCAGGAGCUCAACAAUAAAUGUUCUGGUAUGAACGCUGUUUAUUUAGCUGGAGCGGGCAUGCUGUAUGUUCCUCAACUGUGCAAAAGCUGUCCUGAAAGUUCUGGCCACCCAGUUGGAUUAGAGGCUAUCUCUGUUCAUCAUAAUUCUGAGAAUGUCCCACCGUCAAGACAGAUCUGGCUGUUUUGUGAGUCCGUUCAAUUGACCAUGAAUGACUGAUUCAAUGCAGAAGGCAGUGUGGAUCAACCAAUAACCUUGGUUCAUUUGCAUUGCAGAUCAGAUGAUAACUACAAGAGCCAAUAUGAACAAAAAAAUCAUUCUUAUAAAAGUCUGAAAAAAGUAUUUUAGAAUAGAUAAAUGAUGUUGAUUUUUAUCGGUUAUGUACAGCUUAACAAAAAAAUCCUAUGAGAUAGCAUUUUAUUGAAUAAGACUAAAAAUACAAUAAGUGUUAAUGUUAUGAAAUUAAAAGAAAUGGUAUAAUGUUAA